AAUUAAAACAAAAACACAGAAGAAGAAAGGAUCGAAGUGAAAGAGCGGAAGCGUUUUUGUGAUCGGAAUCGAAGACGAAGAUGAUGGAAGCGGAAGCAAGUGAAGAACGACGAAGGUCGAUAGCAGCACCUUUCAUAUUCUUCAUCAUUUUCGCUUUUCAUUUCGGAUCAAAUUGGAUCGAACGCCACAAAAAGAGUCGAUCCGAGCAAGAAAAAGAGAACCAGAUGCGAGCACAAAUAAAACAACUUCUGAGGGAAGCAAGUACACUGUCACAGCCAGCCACCUUUGCCCAGGCAGCAAAACUCAGAAGACAAGCAGCUGCUAAAGAGAGAGAACUUGCUAAGUGUCAAAAUUUACAGAACAAGGAUAAUGCAUUGUAUUCAAAAGUUCUGCUCAUCGCAAGGGUUUUAACAUAUUUCGUUCUGCUUAUCUGGUUUUGGAGUGUUCCUGUGGCUACCAUAUCUCAACAACUUGUGCAACCAUUUGGAAGAUUAUUAUCUUGGAGGACUGGUGGGUUUCAAAAUGGCAAUGUUAUUAUUGGGAUUAUACCUUGGCUAAUAGUAUCUACCAGGGUUAGCAAAGUUAUUUGUAGACUCGUCUAUUUUAAAUAGAUUUUUGCGAUCUUCAACUACAAUGCUGGAAAAUCACAAGCUCCCUUGACUAGUAUCAUGGAUCUGAAAAUGGAAAGAAUGAAAAGUUAAUAGAUUUGUACACCAUGACUGGGCUCCCUUUUUCUUUUCUUUUUUUCCAACAUUGGAUGGUCAGUUGUAAGCAAAGUUAUCAAACUCUAAGACUUAACUUGUAAAUUCUUUAGUUUCCAAAUUCGGUUUAUGAGCUUAUAGGUUGAUUUUUAUGAUUUCCACUAGUUUAGAAACUUUAUUUUGAUAACCUUGGCUGUAAGUAUUCCAUUUCUUUUGCUUUUGAGCAGAGGCCACUGAGUAAGAUCCAUUCUGCAUUUGCAUGUUAUAUGAUAGCCAUUACCUUGCUGGGUUCUUUUUGUUUCUUCUUGUAUCUUAGACCUUAUCAAGGAAUUUUGUCAUUUGAUU